CACCAGAAUACAGGCGGACUGUAUUUAUUUCUGUGUCGACCUUCAAAGAAGUAACUUUACUAAAGAUACAUAUACCUUCUACUUGUUAGGGCAUGUUCGGAAAAAAUGUGUCAGUGAGUGGAAGUUGAACUGUGGUGACGUUAGCCAGCAAGGCUCUUGGUUUUUCCAACACUUUAAGACACAGUUGGAAGGAGGAAGUAACACACGUUAGCUUAUCGUUGACUGUGACAGCAACAGUGAGUGAGGAUGUCUUUGAAUGAAGAGGGUUAUGUGGUUCGGAUCAGAGGACUACCGUGGUCCUGCACACAGGAGGAAGUUGCCAGUUUCUUCUCUGACUGUGAAAUUGUUGGGAAAGUAAACGGAGUGUGCUUUACCUACUCUAAAGAAGGCCGUCCCAGUGGAGAGGCAUUUAUUGAGCUGAAAACGUCAGAGGAUUUCAAGAAUGCCCUUGCCAAGGACCGUAAAUACAUGGGACACCGAUACAUAGAGGUGUUCAAGUCAAACCGUAGUGAGAUGGACUGGGUGCUGAAACGUAGCGGUCCUGCUGACUAUGACAGCUGCAGCGGCUGCAUGCUGCGACUUAGAGGCCUUCCCUUUGGCUGCAGCAAGGAGGAGAUUGUUCAGUUCUUCUCAGGGUUGAGAAUCGUGCCAAAUGGGAUUACUCUGCCAGUGGACUACCAGGGGAGGAGCACAGGGGAAGCCUUCGUGCAGUUUGCCUCAAAGGAGAUAGCAGAAAAGGCUCUGGGGAAACACAAGGAAAGAAUAGGGCACAGGUAUAUAGAGAUCUUUAAGAGCAGUCGCAAUGAGAUCAGAGCCUACUACGAGCUGCCCCGCCGGGGGAUGGGAGGCCAGAGACCGGGGCCCUACGAUAGACCCAUGAUGGGGGGGCCCAGGGGUGGGUUCUUUGGUCCCGGGCCUGGCCGUGGUGGGGCUCUGAUGGACACCAUGAGGAGUGGAGGGGGCUAUGGAGGAGGUUACGGUGACUUUGACAGCUACAAUGGUUUCAGCAACUACUGUUUUGGCAACGGCAUGUUUGAUGAGCGAGUGAGAGGAGAGAGGGGAGGAAGAGCGAUGGGAGGCCACGGUUACGGUGGUCAAAGUGAUGUUUGUUCAGGCUUCCACAGCGGCCAUUUUGUCCAUAUGAGGGGAUUACCUUUCCGUGCCACAGAGGGAGACAUCGCUAAAUUUUUCUCUCCUUUGAAUCCACUGAGGGUCCACAUUGAUGUGGCUCCUAACGGCAAGUCGACUGGAGAAGCAGAUGUGGAAUUUCGCUCCCAUGAAGACGCUGUGGCAGCCAUGUCCAAAGACAAGAACCACAUGCAGCAUCGCUAUAUUGAGCUGUUUCUUAACUCAACAGCCAGUGGAGCAGCUGAAAUGAGUCGUGGUGGCGGUGGUUAUUAUGGUAACUCAGGAGGGGGCGGAGGCUCACGGAGCGGCGGGCUGCGGGGUUCAUACUGAUGAUGUCAUCCCACUCUUCCGAUCCAUCCUGACGCUUGUCUCAUGUCUCAUCAGGCCACAUUUACUCGAUUACUUUUCUAAGCAGGAGAGCUGAUCUGAAGUCAAUUUUAACAGUCGUUUCUUUUUAUUGUGGGGAUUACCAAAACUUCACUUCAGCACAGACCAGAAAUGACCUUAACAAGCUAUAAUAACACCAUUCCUAAACGCAUAUGAAGAACAAAGUAAGUCAUUAAUAUUAAGAAGUUGGCACUGAGCUUGGUAAUGGGUCAUGUAGGAGAUUUCUUGUUUGUUAUUGUAAUAUAGUUUUACAUGAAAAGUUAAUUUUCUCUACUUUUCUGAUUAAGAGAAAUCAACACCUAUUUAUUUUUUAAAGAGUUUUAAAUGACAUUGGAAUGUGCUGUUUUUUUAAAUGACUUUAUUUGGAUGCACUUUAAUUUGUCUCGUUUCACAUCUCGCUGUUGGCUGGAGAUGUUAGUCAGUGCAGACGAGACAGAACUUCAUUGGAGGAAAUAAUUAUUUUGUGGCACUGUCAGGACCGGGCAUGGUCACUUUGAAUCUAAUCAGUUGACUAAAACUUUGUAUGAAUGAUGUAUAGAGGUAAAUGAUGCUCUUUAGGUGGUGGGAAAAUGAGCAGCAAUGUGAAAACAUUAUAAGCAUCUCUAGGAAAGAAAUUCUGAUUUGAAAUGUAAAAUAAGUUUUUUAAAUGUUUGUUUAUUCUGGUUUAAACAUUUUGAGCAGAACAUCUGACCAUCCUGUAGUAUACUGACUCAAACUGGAUUUCAGAUCAGCGUUCCUGCUUUGAAAAAAGUGUGAUAAAUUGUGAGCCAGUGUGUUUUUUAUGAAUGUUUUCACAGUUCAUUACAGAAUUUAAAACUUAAGUUGAAUAUUAUAUUCUACUCUCAAAGAGUGGACGUAAAAUAAAGUCUCUAUAUUUGAGCUGUGAGAUAGCUUAUGCAGCUGUUGUACAUUUUGCCUAAUAAAUUUUAUAUUUAAUUCUC